AUGGCCGCCACUCAAGGACACGAUGACAUUGUUCCCAAGAUGGACUACCACUCCAGCAAGUCGGUUGCUCACUCGGCAAGCGACCUCGAGAAGCAGGAUGCCCCUCAGAGCGAUGAGCUGCAGAGGAAGCUCUCGAGUCGUCAUUUGCAAUUCGUUGCUAUCGGUGGAACGGUUGGUACCGGUGUCUUCAUUGCCAGUGGAAGCUCCAUCAACACAGCUGGUCCCGCAGGCGCGUUGCUUGCCUAUGUCUUCGUCGGUACGCUCGUCUAUUCGGUCAUGAUGUCUCUCGCCGAGAUGGCCACCUACCUUCCCAUCGCUGGUGCCUUCACGCAAUACGCCUCUCGUUUCGUCGACCCCAGUCUUGGAUUCGCCAUGGGUUGGAUCUACUGGUUUUCGUGGUCCAUCACCUAUGCGCUCGAGCUGUCGGCAGCCGGACUUAUCAUCCAAUGGUGGAACCAAGACUUGAACAUCGCCAUCUUCAUCACAAUCUUUUGGAUUCCCAUUUCCGCCGUCAACUUCCUCCCUGUCGACGUUUUCGGAGAGUUUGAGUUUUGGUUCGCUUCCAUCAAGGUCGUUGCCUUGUUCGGCUUCUGGAUCUUUGCCAUCAUCAUGAACGCCGGCGGCGUUGGACCUCAGGGCUACAUCGGCUUCAAGUACUGGGAUUCUCCUGGCGCUUUUGCUCCUUACCUUGCCGAUGCACCAGCUGUUGCCAAGUUUGUUGGUUUCUGGGCUGUUCUUAUCAAGGCCGGUUUUGCUUUCCAGGGCACCGAGCUCUGCGCCAUUGGUGCUGGAGAGUCUGCCAAUCCCCGUGUUACCAUGCCCAAGGCCAUCCGAAACACGUUCUGGAGCAUCUUUACCUUGUUCAUCUUCACAAUCUUCUUCGUUGGCAUCCUGGUCCCAUACGACAACGAGUCUAUCGCUAUUGGUAACACAAACGCUGGCUCCUCUCCUUUGGUCAUCGCCAUUCAGCUCGCUGGAGUCACUGCACUUCCAGACAUUUUUAAUGCUAUCCUCUUGACAGUCGUUCUUUCCGCAGCUAGCUCCAAUGUUUACUCCGGCAGUCGUAUCCUCGUUGGUCUGGCUGAGAACGGCUGCGGACCAGCUUUCCUUAAGAAGACUACCAAGAGGGGCGUGCCAUACUGGUCCACUGCCAUUACUGCUCUGAUGGGUCUUCUUGGGUACAUGAACUGCUCCGCAAGCGGCACCGAGGCCUUCAACUGGCUUCUGAACAUUAUUUCCGUUGCCGGCUUUAUCGCAUGGUCAUGCGUUUGCAUCUGCCACAUCGCGUUCAUGAGAGCUCUCAAGGCGCAGAACAUCGACCGCGACACUCUGCCCUUCAAGUCUUGGGGUGGAGCUCCUAUGGCCUGGUACGGUCUGACUUUCACUGUCAUCAUCACUCUCACUCAAGGAUUCACUGCAUUUGUUCCCUGGAAUGUCGAAAACUUCUUCAUUGCAUACAUCAGUUUGAUCCUCUUCGCCAUCCUGUACAUUGGCCACAAGAUCGUCUACAGGAGUCCGCUUGUCAAGCCUGCUGAGGCGGACUUGGUCAGUGGCCAAUUCGUCGACGAGGUUUCUGAGACCUGGGAGGAGAGCUCUAGGUCGACAUGGCAGAAGCUGAUGAACAAGUUUUCCAAGUCAUGA